GACUAGACUGGACUAGACUGGACUAGACUGGACUAGACUGGACUGGACUGGACUGGACUAGCUACCUGUGAGCGAACAAACGCGUGAACGAUUCGAAAGCCAAUCGAAAGACCAGCUUGAGUUCUGUAGUAUGGAAGGGCGGGGCACUAUUGCCGAUACCUCAGCCAAUAGCGGAGUCGAAACCGCAACGACCCCGAUUCGUGCACCACAAACCCGGAGAACGGCCGCCAUCGAUGUCCUGACGCGGGCCCUCCGAUCGCCAACACACGGCCCGGAAGAUACAAUCGCUGGUGGAAAUGCAAAUGCCAGCCAGAUUGCAAACAACGAAGCAGCAGCCUCUGCCGCGGCGCGGUCCUUCCUCGACCAAACCUGCAGCGUCUAUGUGCUGGAUGCCGACACGGCUUCACCUCCGCACACCGAGGGGGAGAACCGGAUCAAGAUUUUUGGGUGCUGGAACUUUUUGCACCAGGCCAUGAACGAGAUCGAGCGACUCGAGGGAGAACGACAGCGCCUUCUGCUUCUAGAGCAGCGGCAGGCAGCGGCAACAGGGGCAGCAGCGGUAGCCCUCCCUCCUCAUCUACUUUCGGAAACGAGGCUCCUGGCGGAGUUGGCGGUCAAGGUUGCGAGGAGAUCGGACGAUCUCGAUCGACAAAAGGUUGCAACGUGCGUGGAAAACUUUUGCGGUAGGGGCAAUGCGAGCGCCAGUGCGAGAGACGGUUUGGGUGCCGAUGCCACCAAAGCCACCUCCGGGGACGCCAAUCGGCACUUUCAAGACAUGGCAGCGAACAGGGGGCUGAGCAGCAGUAGCAGCACUGGAAAUAGGAGCAACACGAACGAUCUGAUACCGGAAAUGGUUCGGGCCAACGCCGAGAUCCGGGAAAUCGUUACAGGCCGAAUCGCGGCCUUUUCAUUCAACAACAAGACCUCGGCACCUGCAGGAUCUCUGUCGUCGUCGCCAACUUCACUAUCGGCGUCGGCAUCACAAUCAUUCUCUAUGUCCUCGGCCCUUGAAGAUCCCCUGGUGGUGGAAACAUUCUGCAAGUUUCUAGCGGCAAACGCGGUAUCGAACGGUCCGGAAAAACUGCGCAGGUUUCUGAACGACUGGAUCAUUCCAGGAGCAACGGUGGGUGAUGAUACCUUCACCCUGGUACACGACAACAAUUCUUCGAAUACUGCACUGCAGGGCAUACCGAUCGGGACAGGAAACAAGCCGAUCGAUACCACCACCAAGCGACAAAAACUAUCCCCCAACACGAAUCGACUGCUCCACCACAGGCUACCGCCCUACUCACUGGCGUGUGUUUUGUACCACGUAGCGGGAGAGUCUUCGACAACGUCGAGUACGGAAGCAUCCUCUGAAGCAGCGCAAGCUGCGUCCCCGUUGGUUGAUGCCAACUCGAGAACCGCCAGCGCGGUAUCGCCCUUGGGAACGAUCGAUGUGCUCCAGCGCUUGUCGCUGCCAGUCAUGGCCAACGUCCUGCUAGGGCCCGUUCUACGUGAUGGACUCAAGCGAACGCAGCUAAAGCGGCAGCUGAGGGAGUACCAGUGGCAGAGUGCAGCUGCUGGGGAAAGCGGCAGUAGCAACGCUAAAGCUUACGACGACGACGACGACGACGACGACGCCAUUGUUGCGAUGGGAUUGCGGGCAAUUUCCACAUGGUGCGCAACGACCGAUCUGAGUCUUGCACAAACGAAGCAUAUAGGGAGCAAGGUAAAGGUAAGCUAAAAACCUUCUCGCUCUAUUUACGUUGCUGUUGAUUGCGCUUCAAGUCCAUAGACAUCUGAUUUUGAAGCCACCUCUGCACCUUCGCCUCAUUUCCCAUUUUCCCAUCUAUCGCCCUCGACUCCACUUUUUUGUAGAUCAAUCUAUCUCAUCUACUAGGAGAAGCCCUGAAUACUGAAUCUCCGAAAGUAAUGAGCGCCCUGGCGGAUUUGAUUGAGAGCGUUGUAGAGCGACACGUAGUUCCACAAACCCUAUCCACUUCAAACUUACACAAGGAAUUGAUCAGCGACGCUCGGAUGACGCAAACGAGAUAUUUGAUGCAGGUUCCCGACGAAAUAUCUUUUCGUGCUAAUGUUUCUCAGGAGCAACUGCACGUGAUCGAGACCAAAGAGCUCAGCGACAUACUGCGAGAACUUGCUGCAGAUGUGGAACGACAGAGAUUUCGAUUUCCAUUGUUUGGAGGUGUCCGAAAACCAGAGAAAGCGAAACAACAAUCGAACGCUCCACAGGUGGAGUCAAUGUUUGACGAUUGUGUGCAUUCAUUAGGGCAUUCACUUGCACGCAUUGCAGCGGCGGUGUGCUCGGGAUAUUCGAAGGUCAUGCAGGGCGAUAUAUCAUCUAGGGUUCCCAGCACGACCCCCAGCCUUUAUCAGAUUCCAGGAGCGGGUUUCUUGCAGCUAUUGUCGAAAUGCGCGUCCCAUCCAUCGGUGGCGAUCUGCGGCAUCGUUCUGCCGAUAAUUACGCCCGUUCUCAAAACAGAGGUUGGCUUAGCAACUGAAUGGCUGCCAACAUUGCAGCGGCGUGCGAUUAUUCCGCACCAUUCCAAGAAUUCUGUCAUUCUUUCAUCUUCGAGCAACAUUGGWAGAGUGAAGGACAAUGUGUACAUUCCGCUUUUAAAUGCSUCGGAUGUUUGCUUUGUAGAAUUCGAAGAAUUUGUYGAUGGAUUUCGGGACACUGUUCUAGCGGACGCAUUGAAUUCGUGCUAUAUGAUCCAUUCCGAGUACUACUUGGCUUCUUGUACUGCCGCUAUCGAAGAAUUUUGUGUGGGAGAUGUUACAACAGAACAAACUUCCUUCCAUUUGGAGGCAGCAUUGUUUUGUCUAGCAGCAGUAUCUGAGUUGGUCUUACCUAGUGUUCUAGUUGCAGAUAAGUCAUCAAAGCCUAUGGGGAAGGUGGGAAAGAAAACCAAUUUUAACGCUUCUGGUUACCUCUUGCGGUGCACGGCUGCUCUAGCAAAGAAACCCAAGAGCUUGAAUAACCCGCUGACGAUGGCGCAGACGUGCCAGUUUUUGAGAAAGGUAAGUAUUAGUUGUGUUUGAAUGUCAUCCUCAGCCAUACGGCAUGGUAUCGCAUGCAAUGAUCUCACAAUAAUCUCUCUUUGUUUCUUUCAGUACCAUAAGUGGUUUGGCUCGAACCAACAUCCUGGUAUUUUGGAUAUUGCCGCUGACUUGAUCCUCUUCAUCUUGAGCCAAUGUGCCACUACAUUUCCUGACACAGCACUUUCAAAAACUAUUCGCAAAGAGACCGGAGUAACACCGUACUCUGAAGCCUCGAAGGCAUUACGUUGUUUGCUUAGCAACAACUCAAAUCAUUUUCUAUCAAAUAAGGCGAUUGCAGCAUUGGGAGGUACGUGAAUCAACGAAGACAAAUAUGCAAGRUCAACGACUUAUUUAUGUUGUUCAGUAUCUCAUUCCUUUCGUUUUUUUUUAAAAAAACAGCUGGUUGGGAAUCCACUUUUGCUGCAUGUAAUCGAGGGGACAAGCUGUUGACUUUGGAAGAUCGAAAGAACACGUGCAUUGGGAUUUGUCACGUACUUGCAGCCCUACCAAAAGAACAGCAAAAAACAUCGUUGAUGGCUUUGGCGCUUGCAUCAAUAGCGUGUUUGGAGACGAUGACUGAAAGGGCAAAUUCUAUAACUUCAGUGGAAGAGAAAAAGACGCUGUCAUCCAUACUAGAUAGGGCUUCCGAUGAAAUAAUCAUAGUUGCGACAACUGCUAGAGCUUUUACGAAUGCUGCAUCAGCAGGACCACUGGGGACAGGAAAUGGUCGAGUCUCUCUCGUAGAACCAUCAAUGACAGUCCUACUACGUGCUUGGCCGACAAUAUCAAUUUUGGCAUCGAAAUAUAGUUUUCACGACGUGAGUAAAGAAGGGGUGCUAUGAUAGUACAAAAUAGGAGCAUUGUCUUUCAAGCCAAUUUCUCACCUCAACGCUUUUUCAAAUCGAUUCCGUCUGAAUUAAAUGCAGUCAAUACUAGACUCUCUGAGCGUACUUUUUGUCGAAUGUUCACCUGCAGGAAAGUUCACCGACGUUUCAACAAUAUUUUUACAAGAUGUUUGUACACUGGCGAAAAAGUUGAUAGAAAGCRAAAAUGUCCGGCAAAACAACCGAUUUUUUUCCCCCGUCUUCGAUCUAGUCGAUGCAUUGAUCCAAGCCCACGCAACCGUUUUCGAGAUGAUCACGGAAUCGAAACAGGCCGAUGAACCCAAGAACCAAAAGUACACAUCUUCUUAUUCGGAAAACGCUGCAAAAAUCUACCGGUGUGUAGAGACGCUGAUGCGAGAAACAAUCACUGUCAUGACAAGUCAAAAUUUGCUAGGGAGUGCAUGGGCAACUAUCGAGAAGCAAGGAAACGGCCAGUCUGCGUUCGAGACCAAAAGAAAACCUGAGUACAGGCCUUUGGACUUCUGUAACGUUGGACUUGGGCCUUUGUUUUCGGUUCUCCGCACGUGUGCGAGGCUGUGUCCUAACUUUUUCUUCCACAUUGUGGACGGGGCACCCGAUGGGAACGAGGGCAACUACGGAUACGAAAGCACCUCUAAUUUGUCGAUGAUGCGCACAGUCUUGGACUCGGCGGUCUCCUCUAUCGUAGACUCACAAUCUGAAAUAUCAUUACAAGCUAUAGCUUUUUUGGAAACAGUCGCAACACUUGUUACUCAAUUUAGAAGCAACAAGUUGACCGGAGAAUACAAUUUGGGUCUCAGAACCAACAUACUGAAUGCUCUUUUGGGAGGAAUGUGUGGUAUCUUUCAACCCGUCGUUGUGCCCCAUGCAUGCAGACUCCUCUUGCAGAUAAUAUCGACAUCAAACCUAUCCGCAGGGGAAUUGAAAGUGCUUUUCUUGACAAGCUUGGGCCAGGAUCACUUUUUACUUGGAUUCAAAGCUUGGGGGGUUGUUCAUGAGAGUUGUCACAAGAGAACCAACUGCAACGUCUCACCAGCAUCGGCAGAAGAAAUGGAACGCAUGAUGACGGAAAUGUGGCAGCUUCACCGUUUUGAAAAUAUUGACGCUAUCGAAAGGAGCGACGAUGUCCAUGCCUUUUGUAGAAAGUUUGAUCCAAAAAAGAAUUCAAAAUAGCUUGAUUUGAAGUAAGAGCCAUCGUGUAAAACCGACGCUAUCUGGAAGUACACAAACUAGAAGAAAUCUCAAUGAAUUCA